UCAGUUUGCGGUUGUACGUCGUGGAGGAUGGUGGUGUUUUUGCGUCUCAGAAAAUUAAAUUCAUUUUGUCAAUCCCCCUGGAGUGGCCAAAUUGUGCAAUAAUGAUGCAGUGUAGUCCCUCUGGUAUCCCUGUGGAAUUCCGCUUAACCAAGUGAAUGGGAAGGUGGUGAAAAUUGGUGGAAAGAAAUAACUUCUUGGAGACGAUCUACAGGUGUGUUGGGAAAGAAAGGUGUGUGUGUGGUUGUGUGCGUUCUCCAGCUUCUUUGAAUGGUGGAGUAACACAAUCAGACAGCAAAUUCCACGCAAGUUUUCAGCAUAAAUUCCUCAUUGAGACAUUUCGUAAUCGCGAUAUGGAUUAUAUUUUGCUGCAAUUCCAUCGAGGAGUGAGUGCAAUGAGGUGAAAUCCACGAAACCCAUGUAAACCAUCCUAGUUCUAACGUGUUUGUGUUCAACAUUGAGUGUGUGUGAGUGUUGCCGAAGAAGUUCCAUCCGGAGGGACUGGUGUGGUGUGGAGCCUCGUUUUUGAGACAAUCCAGGAAGUUUGGCGUCCAGUAACCUCGCGAGAGUGGGCAAAAAUCAGUGUGUGUGCCAAAGGAGUGGAGUGAAGUGAAGUGGAGAGAAGAAGGGAUUGCAAAGUGCUUCGAGGGCGAGUUGCAAGACGUGACGGGAACAAGAUGGAGGAGAGCGAGCGAUCUUGCCGACACAGAAUUUUCACCUUCGUGCUCUUCUGCUUUUUAGCACUGGGCCAAACGAGAGCUGAAAGUCAACAGCACUUGCAAUCACCGAGAUUUACAACACAACCAUCAUCAUUCGCAUCAAUUGUUAGUGAGGGGCGAACGAAAAUCCUUCAGUGCUAUGCCCAAGGUUCCCCACCGCCAAUGUACCGCUGGCUCAAAGAUGGGGUCCCUGUGGGCGACUUCACAACUAGUCAAUACUACAAAAUACACAAUACCCGACGUGAGGAUGCGGGAUCGUAUCAAUGUCUGGCCAAGAAUGAUUUUGGCACGAUUUUCAGUGAGAAAAUCGACGUCAUUGUGGCAUAUAUGGGAAUUUUUGAGGAUUUGACUGAACGGAGGGUAUCUGUGCAAUCUGGGAGUGCGGCCGUGUUGAAUUUAGCACCAAUUGAGUCGGUGCCACAGCCUUCGGUGACGUGGCAGACGGAGGAAGGGCCACUCAAUUAUGACAUAAAAUAUGCUGAAACGACACAGAAUCAGUUAAUAAUUCUCAGUGCUGAGGAGGAGGAUCAGAGAGCCUACCGAGCGCGCGCCAUUAACACGCAACUCGGUAAGGAGGAGAAUAGCGCAUUUAUUCAUGUUAAUGUCACGGGUGAUCCAUACGCGGAGGUACCACCAGAAAUAAUCGUCCAUCCGGAGAGUGUGAAAGUUGUGAGGGGGCAGCAAAUUGUGAAAUUGCAGUGCAUAGCAAAUGCGAGGCCACUGUAUCAGCUGGAGACGCUAUGGCUGAAAGAUGGGCUACCCCUUGAAGCUGCUGGGGUGACUUUUAAUCUCGAUGAUCCCUGGAAUCGCACCCUAGCCCUCCUCAAUGCCAAUCUCAGCUACACCGGGCAGUACAGUUGCCAAGUUCGCCUAAAGAGCGGAGAAUACCCCACAAUUGUCUCCACAGCAACGAUAACAGUGCAGGAACCACCGGCUUUUGGUGCUCCUUUCAGGAGUGAAACAGUUGGGGAGUAUGGGAUCCGUAUGGAGCUCCCAUGCGAUGUAAUUGGGGUCCCACCGCCCUAUGUAACGUGGUUUCGCAAUGCCGAAGCACUCGAUAUGUCCACAGAUCGGUACAGCGUGAGAGAAGACAAUGCGCUGGUGAUAAAGAAACUCACGAUGGAUGAUUCAGCAAUGUUCCAGUGUCUGGCAUCCAAUGAAGCUGGCGAGAAAUCAGCAUACACGUGGCUCAAAGUCAAGACAUCGACGCCAAUUCUGGAGCAAGCACCGGAAAAUGUCACGGUCUUGGAUGGGAAAGAUGCAACAAUUCAAUGUCGUGCCGUUGGGGCUCCAACGCCAAACAUCACGUGGAUCUACAAUGAAUCGCAACCAAUUGAAGUAUCUGGACGCGUGCAAGUGCUCGAUUCCGGGGAUUUACUCAUAUCAAAUGUAAGGGAAUCCGAUGCUGGCCUCUAUACAUGCUCCAGAUCCAAUGAGGCGGGAACUGUUGGUGGUGAAGCGUAUCUUUCUGUGAUGGUGAGAACUCAGAUCAUUCAACCACCAGUGGAUACGGUUGUUCUUCUGGGUCACACAGCAAUGCUUCAGUGCAAAGUCUCAUCUGAUCCAUCCGUUCCAUUUAACAUUGACUGGUACAGAGACAUUCAGGUGGCCCCCAUUGGCAAUAGCCAACGGAUUGGCGUUCAGGCGGAUGGAAGUUUGGAGAUUCAGGCUGUGAGAGCGUCUGAUGUUGGUACUUACUCCUGUAUGGUGACAUCGCCGGGUGGGAAUGAAACUAGAUCAGCGCGUCUCAGUGUUAUUGAGCUGCCCUUCGCACCCACCAACAUCAAAGCUGAGCGUCUCGACACCUUCACACAGAGAGCUGUGAAUGUGUCGUGGACACCAGGCUUUGAUGGCAACAGUCCUGUCCUCAAGUUUAUCGUGCAGAAGCGUGAGGUCUCCGAACUAGCAGAAAUUCCAGGUCCCAUCCCAGAUCCUCUUCUCAAUUGGAUCACCGAGCUCAGCAAUGUCUCAUCGGCCCAGCGAUGGGUCCUCCUUACGAAUCUCAAAGCUGCUACGGCAUACCAAUUUCGCGUUAGCGCCGUUAAUAGUGUCGGAGAGGGUUCUCCGUCUGAAUCGAGCAAUAUUAUAAACUUGCCACAGGAAUCCCCAUCAGGUCCACCAGUUGGAUUUGUUGGUUCCGCAAGAUCUUCAUCGGAAAUUAUAACGCAGUGGCAGCCACCACUUGAGGAGCAUCGCAAUGGACAAAUUCUAGGCUAUAUCAUCAGAUAUCGGUUGUACGGGUACAACGACAGCCCGUGGACGUAUCAAAACAUUACAAAUGAAGCUCAAAGGAACUACUUGAUUCAGGAACUAAUCACAUGGAAGGAUUAUGUGAUCCAAAUUGCAGCGUACAACAAUAUGGGAGUCGGAGUUUAUACGGAAGGUGCGAAGAUUAAGACGAAGGAAGGUGUACCUGAAGCACCACCUACGAAGGUACAAGCCUACGCUGUAAAUUCCACAAGUGUCCGUGUACGGUGGAAGCCUCCGAAUCCGCAGCAAAUCAAUGGAAUUAAUCAAGGAUAUAAACUCCAAGCGUGGCAGUAUGAAAUCUACGACGGAGAAGAACAUGAAAUUGAAGCGAAAAUGAUUACAGUUCCUCCAAGCUUGCUGGAUCCGCUUGCAGAGCAGGAAGCUAUCAUGACGGGUCUGGAGAAGUUUACAGAGUACAACAUAACCGUUCUCUGUUUUACUGAUCCAGGUGAUGGUGUUCGAAGUGAAUUUGUCUAUGUUAAAACAAGUGAGGAUGUGCCUGAUGAAGUAGCUUCCUUGCAGUUUGACGAUGUCUCCGAUAGGGCUGUUAAAGUUAUCUGGACAGCUCCGAAAAAUGUAAAUGGUAUCCUUCUAGGUUACCAAGUUAGGUAUCAGAUAAAAGAUCGUCCAGACACGCUGAAAGUGUCAAAUUUAACGUCUGAACAGACAAGCUUACGCGUCAUGGAUCUUCAGGCAACAACGCACUACUGGUUCGAGGUGACAGCUUGGACUGCGGUAGGAGCUGGUGUUCCAAGAACGGCUACAAUGCAAUCUGGAGUAGAGCCAGUUUUGCCGUAUCCACCAAUGCAGCUGGCUCUGUCCAACAUUGAAGCCUUCUCGGUGGUUCUCCAGUUCACACCGGGUUUCGAUGGGAACUCCUCGAUAACCAAGUGGACGGUUGAAGCACAAACAGCCAGGAAUAUGACGUGGUUUACGGUGUACGAAGUCUCCGACCCGGAAGCUUCAACGAUAACUGUGACGAAUCUCGUGCCAUUCACACCGUAUCGUUUGCGGUUGAUUGCAACGAAUGUUGUGGGACCGUCUGAACCGUCCGAACCAACCAAAGACUUCCAAACAAUCCAAGCAAGGCCAAUGCACCCACCCUUCAAUGUAACCGUACGUGCCAUGAGUGCAACCGAGUUGCGUGUACGAUGGAUUCCGCUGCAGCAAACUGAAUGGUUCGGCAAUCCACGAGGCUACAACAUUACGUACAGAAGCCUUGAGUCCAAGACACCAGCUCUGAGUGUUCUCAUUGAAGAUCACACAGCCAAUAGCCAUGUUCUCGAUAAUUUGGAAGAGUGGACAGUCUACGAGGUAACAAUGAAUGCCUGCAAUGAUGUAGGUUCGUCACGAGACAGCCCCAAGGCUAUUGAACGAACAAGAGAAGCGGUCCCAUCAAUGGGACCACUAGAAGUUGAUGCUAAUGCCACGUCAUCAACGACAAUUGUCGUACGGUGGUCAGAAGUGCCAAAAGAGCAUCAAAAUGGCCAAAUUGAUGGCUACAAAGUUUUCUACGGAGCUGCAGGACGUGGCCCAGUUCUCUUCAAGACAAUCCCAAGCAAUGCAACGUUCACAACGACUCUGACUGAGUUGAAAAAAUACGUGGUGUACCAUAUUCAAGUUCUAGCCUAUACACGGUUAGGUGAUGGUGAGCUCAGUGUUCCACCAAAUAGGGUGCAGACGUUUGAAGAUACCCCAGGAGCUCCGUCAAAUGUCUCCUUCCCGGAUGUCUCAUUUAGCACAGCUAGAAUUAUCUGGGAUGUGCCAGAUGAGCCAAAUGGGGAGAUUCUAGCCUACAGGGUUACAUACUCCUUGAAUGGAUCGGUUAAUCUUAAUUUUAGCCGAGAGUUUCCACCGUCAGAUCGGACUUUUAGAGCAACGCAACUUCUUGCAGAGCGCUACUACAUUUUCAGCGCAACAGCCCAAACUAGGCUUGGUUGGGGCAAAACUGCCGCUGUUCUGGUUUACACGACUAAUAAUCGAGAAAAGCCUCAACCUCCGUCUGUGCCACAAAUCUCCCGGAGUCAGGUUCAGGCUCAUCAGAUCACGUUCAGUUGGACUCCAGGACGAGACGGAUUUGCCCCGUUGCGCUACUACACAGUUCAGUUGCGUGAGAAUGAAGGUCCGUGGACUUCCUUACCUGAGAGAGUUGAUCCCACCGUAACAUCCUACACGGCAACAAAUCUCAAGCCCUACACGACUUAUCAGUUCCGUAUACAGGCUACGAAUGAUCUAGGGCCAUCUGCCUUUAGUAAGGAGAGUAUUGAAGUACGGACGUUGCCUGCAGCUCCGGCGAAGGGUGUUACUGGUGUUCGUGUUGUGCCAAUAACGAUAACAAGUGUACGUGUUCACUGGAAUCAGCUGCCGAAAUCUCAGUGGAAUGGAGAUUCCGUCACUGGAGGAUAUCGUGUUAUCUUCCAACCUAUCUCAGACUUCCCGACAGCUCUUCAGGCUACCCCGAAGCAGGACAUCAUGGGAAUUACGUCUGAGAGUAUUAUUCUCAGUGAUUUGACGCAGGAUCGAAAUUAUGAGAUUGUCGUCAUGCCGUUCAAUUCCCAAGGAGCUGGUCCACCAUCACCUCCCGUUGCGGUGUACGUUGGAGAAGCUGUGCCAACGGGAGAGCCUCGUGGGGUGGAAGGAGCUCCGGUUUCAUCAACAGAAGUACGUCUACGGUGGAAGGCUCCGCAGCAGAGUAUGCAGAAUGGAGAUUUGCUUGGCUACAAAAUCUUCUACCUCGUCACGGAUUCACCGCAAGAGUUGGAGGAGGGCAGGAAGCACGAGGAAGAGAUUGAAGUGGUUCCAGCUUCAACAACAGCUCACAGUUUGGUCUUCCUGGAUAAGUACACGGAGUACAGGAUUCAAAUUCUUGCCUUCAAUCCCGCUGGGGAUGGACCAAGAUCCACCCCAAUCACCGUUAAGACUCUCCAAGGACUUCCGAGUGCUCCUACCAACCUUAAGUUCACGGAUAUUACAAUGCAGAGCCUAAAGGUUACGUGGGAUCCGCCAAAGAAGAGAAAUGGGGAGAUUCUGGGGUAUAUUGUGACCUACGAGACAACGGAAGAGAAUGAUAAAUUCAGCAAGCAGGUGAAGCAAAAAGUGACCGGCACGAGCCUUUUGGUGCAGAAUCUCGAGGAAGAGGUCACCUACACGUUCGCCGUGCGCGCCCAAACCAUCGAUUAUGGCCCACCGGCCAGUGGGAAUGUCACCACGGGACCGCAGGAGGGCUCUCCGGCCACACUGAAGGAGCUCCUACUCACAAAAACUGUGUCAAGCGUGGACAUGCACUGGAUCAAUGGGCCCAGUGGCAAGGGUCCCAUUCUUGGCUAUUACAUCGAAAGUAAAAAGCGCGACAAUGAAAAUUCGUACAAUUAUGACCAACGAUGGGAGACGGUGACACGAACAACAAGUGGUACCCUUCAGGAAUUCACCGUGAGCUACCAGAGUCUCCUUCCAUCGACAGCCUACACAUUCCGGGUGAUUGCGUACAAUAAAUAUGGAAUUUCGUAUCCAGCAUACUCAAAAGACGCCAUCCUGACUCCGUCGAAGCUGUACCUGGAAUAUGGGUAUCUGCAGCAGAAGCCAUUCUAUCGGCAGACGUGGUUUAUGGUUGCUCUUGCAGCUACAUCCAUUGUCAUCAUCAUAAUGGUUAUCGCGGUGCUGUGUGUCAAAAGCAAGAGCUACAAGUACAAACAGGAAGCACAGAAGACACUGGAGGAAUCAAUGGCAAUGUCAAUUGAUGAUCGUCAAGAACUAGCUUUGGAGCUCUAUAGAUCGCGGCAUGGAGCAGGAGGGACAAUUGCCUCGACGACAGCCACAAUGGUCAGUGGGGGGACUCUCGGAAGGCGAACUCUGGGCACGCUUGGACGCAAAUCAGGUCACUCAUCGGCCGGGGCAGCAGCUCUGGGUAAAUCCCCACCACGUCCAUCUCCCGCCUCAGUGGCGUACCACAGUGACGAGGAGAGCUUGAAGUGCUACGAUGAGAAUCCCGAUGACAGCAGCGUCACGGAGAAGCCCUCAGAAGUGAGUUCCAGUGAUUCUCAGAAUUCCGAAAGUGAGAACGAGAGCGUCCGUUCGGAUCCGCAUUCAUUCGUGAAUCACUACGCCAAUGUGAAUGAUUCCCUGCGACAGAGUUGGAAGCGACAGAAACCCGUGCGAAACUACUCCAGCUACACGGAUUCCGAGCCCGAGGGUAGUGGCGUGAUGAGUCUCAAUGGGGGUCAGAUAAUUGUAAAUAAUAUGGCACGAUCGCGGGCUCCACUGCCUGGAUUCUCUUCAUUCGUCUGACCACCGCCCCAAUUUGAUAGCACCUAGCAGUUGAGGAGCUUCUCAUGUGAUAAUCUUCAAAGUGAACUUAUGAUAUGAAAAGAAAGAAAUGCCCGAUGGAGCUUUUAAUCUCGCUCCUUCGGGCAUUUUUCUUCUUUCUUUUUAUUGUUUUCCUUUGUGUAAAUAAGACUCUCAUAGCACGUAGCGAAAAAAAAGAGAUGAAUCCACCACGUUAACGAGGAAAAAACAAUCAAAAUUUGCAUUAUUUACUUAAUUAGCGCAUAAAUGAUUAAUUUAAUCACUGUGUCCAGUGAUGUAGGUAGACCUUUUUUUCUAUUAUUAAUUUUAUGACCUUCACACAAAGAUUUUUACUUUUUCUUUCAAAUCUUCUCCCGCCAAAUGUGUGAAGAAGGUGGGAAAAGAAAAUUGUCACGAAAGAGCAUUUAAUGAAGAAACAUUUCGUGUUUUUAUUCUCCCAACAAAAGAAUGAAUUGACUGAGUAUCUGAAUAGUAAUUUAAAACUUAUUUGUUUUAGGAAAACAUAAUAAUUAAUUAUGCGUACUGUUAGUGGCAUAAGCUUUAGAAAUAUUUAAUAAGAAAGCGAGAAAGAAAAAACAUUGAAAAGAAUCCUUUUGUACAUAAAAAUUUUCAAUGCUUUUAAAAUUGUAAAAUUGACGAUAUUCGUGCAUUUAAUAAGAUGAUGAGAAGAUUAAUUCUCAUUUCGUGAAUGAAAAAAAUUUAGAACAGAGUUGGAGGACACACUGCCAAAAUUUAUAGAUAGGAAUUUAAGGGAUAAAACAUUUUCUUGCGCGAAAAAAAAAACGAUAUUAUGCUUUAAAUUAGGAUUAAAGAACAUUUUGAUUCAUUAAAAACAAGAUGUGAAGAAGAAGUUUUCAUGGGAAAGUUCUCACUCGGCUAAUAAUUAUAUUCUUGGAGAAUGAAAAUUUCAUUUUUUUUUGUGUUGGAAGGACUUUAUUCGCUUUUGUACGAUGGAAAUCGUUUAUCGAGAAAACAGGGGGUAGACAAAGACUCUAUUUCCAUAGGAAUUCACUGAUCACUCGCUGAGACACCCAGGAAAAUGCUUCAAUCUGAAAAAAUCCACCACCACUGGAUAGAUAAUUUAAUAUUCUAUCGAUUGAUAGCUUUUGAAGGGUGUCUCACGAAGAUUAAUGCACUAAAACUGAUUUUAAAAAUUUUGAUGCACUUUUUGGAAAUAAAAUGACGUCAUUUUCUUCCUUUAACUUCUCUGCAAACCGUCCGCCAUUAUUUGCUGUGUUCGGGUAAAAAAGGGCUUUGUCUACCCCCUGCGAGAAAACGAUCAGGGGCUGCUGUAUUCUCUAAGAGUGAAAAACUCUCGGGACAAACUCCCGGAGACUUUGCAGGGAAAAAGUGAAGAAAACUUCACGUGAGCAUGAUCCUUUAAGAAAAAUAAUGUAUCCGUGAUAAACUCCCGUAAGAUUUUCCCGGUUCUCACGUUUCUUUUAAAGCGCUAAAGCCUUCAGGGAAUUUUGUAGGGAAUAAAAAAGAACAAGAAAUCACGAAGGAUACUUCCCAUUUUCCACUGGAAUCAGCUUAGUAAGGCUGCAAAAAUUUAUUUAAAAAUGUAAAGAAUGACGUCACUAUCGUGUUUUUGUCUUUCAAUGCAUGAAGCAUUUGCUUUGAUGCUUCGUUGAUGAUUUGUUAACAAGCAAAUGCCUUAUGGAGCUUAUGGAUUAAAAAUAACAAAAAAUGCAAUGAUGACGUCAUUCUUUGCAUUUUUGAGAAAUGUUUUCCCGUUUCUCCCAGCGAAUCCUAGUUGAAAAUACUUUACGUUUCUUUGGCAAUCUCUAAAAUUGUGUUCCAUUAUUGUUUCAUCGAACGAGAGGUUAUCUCAUACAGAGACAAAUAAACUUCUUUAGCUCGGUCAAUAACUUUUCUUCCUAGACGAGCUAGAAUUUCCUUCUAACGCAGAACGACGAGUUCUCUUGCGUCAUAUCAGUAAAACAAUAAGAAUUUCUUGUUCUUUCUGCUUGUUUUUUUUUCUUUACGAUAAUUUUUUGUCGAUCUUGUUUUCCAAUUCAUGAAAGUUUCAUUUUAAAUAACAAAAAUAUUUCUUUUUAAUCUUUAAUUAAAUUAAAUGAAAAAAAACAAAGAAAUCUUCGAGUGAGAACAUUACAAAAACUUUAAAAUGUUUUGAGAAUAAACCUUAAAUGAAAGAUCUUCAAAAAUAGUUUUUUAUAUCUUAAUAAAUUCCUUUAUACUACAAUUAGGGAUCAACAUACAAAAUACCAAUGAUAAAAUUCAUAUUUCAUAGAGGAAACUUGGGCAAUUUUGUCAAAAAAAAUUAGUGAGUAUUGAAACAAAUUUAAAAUUUCUUUUAAAUAGGGAAAUAUUUUCUAACUAAAAAUCAUUGAAAUUCUCAAAAAAUGAUAUUUUCCAAACUCUUUGUAAAGAAGGCAAAAUUGCCCGAUUUUUCUCUAAAUUUUAGUAUAAAUAUAAUUAAAAUCAUAAAGAGAAUUAAAUUAUAAAAAGUUAACAUUAAUAAGUUAAGAGAAGCGUUUAUUAAAAAAAAUAUAAAGAAAAUAUAUUUAAAAAGUAUAUUAUAGAAAGAACUUCCUUAUAUUGCUCACCUGAGAAAUGAAAAAGAAAAAAAAAUGCAAAUGUGACGAGAUCAAUAACAUUUUAUCUCUAAACUAGCGUCUCUCCAGCUCUGUUCUGUACAAACAAAAAGAAUAUGAAUUCCACCCCCAUUCGAAGGGAGAGAGGAAAAUGAGGGAAAAUGUUGUGUGAGAAUGUGUUUGAAACUGCCAUAAAUUUUAUUAAGAGAAGACGAUUUAAUAAUAAUCUCCCAGUUAACUUUUAUUGUUGCAAUAGAGAUUACAAGAUUUUGCGAUUGAGUGGGAGCAAAAUGAGCGGGAGUAGAAAAUAAACGGAAAAAUUAUCGCAUUA